UCAAGAUGGCGGCGCCCUGUAACUCUGAUCAUUCGCCCGACAUUCCCACGGCGCUGAAGAAUCCAAAAAACGAAGCCUCGUCUCCCGAGUCUGCUGACCUCAGUGACAGCAACCAAUAUCAUUCCAACCCGUCCACACCCAGCCGCUUCUCGCCUCUCGAUGUAACAGUCUCCGGUUCUGGUAGCGCGGGUCGAAGUGGGUCGGCCGCUGCCUCCAGCAGUGGCUUUCCCACUUGCAGGGGUAUGUCAUGGACUCCGUCGGAAACAAACGCUUUGAUUGCCGUAUGGGGUAAUGAGCGACUGAACGAAGCACGGAUUCAGCAGCUGGAGGUAGCAGGGACCGUGUUUACUGGGAAGGCGCCGGGGCCAGCUGUUUACGAGCGGGUCUCCAAAGCCUUAGCUGAGCUGGGCUAUGAAAGGACACCAUCCCAGUGCAGGGAAAGGAUGAAGACACUACGGCGAUGCUACAGCCGGGUGAAGGAGCACGGGGUCGGGAAAAGAAAGAGCAGCUACUCGUUGGAGCAGCUGGAGAAAGUAUUCGGUCAGGGUGGCUGCGACUUUCAGCCAUGCCAGCCCGUCCUCAUCAACAGCAGUGGCCACUACCAGGACAUGGAGUCGGACGGCAGCACCAUGGAGGAAUGCUCCCAGGGGGAAUGGUGCAACCGGGACCUCGCCGAGAUGGAGACAGGCGAGUGGGGCUCGCUCUCUGUGCAGCAGCCCCGCGCUGCAGGGACAGACGACGAGCCGGAGGAAUCCGAGAGGCGCCGAUCGGGCAACGGGUAUUCAAGACGCGCAUUGGCUGACAGAAGGAAGACAGAAAUCCUGCCUUUGAAGAAGCCAGCCCAAGAGCUAAGCCAAGUCUCUUCAGAUAGCACCCAGCGACAGGAAGUGAUGCGUAACGUGAUGCGCAUCCUAGAGUCGGCGCAGUUGAAGUGGGAGCCCUUCCAGACGUGGAUGGACUUCUCGCGCCUGCACCUCUCCAACAAGCUGGCGCUGUUCGCGGUGGGCUACAACACGCGCUGGCGCGAGGAGGUGCGCUACCACCACGCCGAAAUCAGCUCCCAGGUGCCCCUGGGCAAGCGUCUCCGCGAGUACUUCAACCCCGAGAGGCUGGAGGGCCGCGUCAUCAUGGCCAAGGUGCAGAAGAUGAACUGGAAGAGCGUCUUCUACAAGUUCCUGGACAUCACCAUCAGCGAGGCGCGGUGCCUGGAGCUGCACCUGGAGGUGGACUGGGUCCCCGUGUCUCUGUCUCGGCCUUUGGGGUCCGGAGGGGGCCCGGCGCGGUACCUCCUCCCGGAGGGAGUGCCCAGGACACACGGCCUCUACGCCAUCGGGUGCGGGGAGGAACCGGCUCGCUCCGGUUCGGCGGGCGAGCGCUGCUCCUCCCCGGAGCCCAGCGAGCCCGAGGCGGGGGGAGAGGCGGACGAGGACCCCCCCCGCGUGACGUACCGCUACCUGGGCGUGGCGGAGGGCAGGACCAUGCAGCAGUGCCUGCACCGGCACUUCAGGGCCCCCGGGGGGCGCCGCGGUCGGCGGGAGCUCUCGCCCGUCUCCCGCUUCCUGCAGGAGAGCCGGGAGCGGGGGCCCAAUGUUUACGUCAAAUUCAUUGAGGUGGAGCUGGACUUCCUGUCCGCCGGGUCGCUGGUGGAGUGUUUGGAAAUGGCUGUCGGUUACCCCCUAACAUUUAACAGGAAAGAGGAUGUGUGACAACUCCCGCUCACGGAGAGAGAGAGAGAGAGAGGCCUGAGGAUGCACUUACAGUACAGACACCUUAACCUUCUGCUUUGUCUAAUAAUAAUAAUUGUGUCAUUCCAAGCUAACUUCAGGAGGUUACACCACAGUAUCUCUUGUAUUUUUUUCUGUAUGUUGGUAGAUACUUAUGAGGUAUAGAAUUCCUGAAAACUUGAGCUUCAUACUCCAUUUAAUUUUCGCAAUGAAAAACACGUUGUGGCAGAAAAUCUCACAUUUAGAGGUCCACACCUUUGUGUUAGGAUAGUUGGAAGUGUUCUAUAAACAAAACACACUUAGUAACAAAGGUAAUUAUUUCUAGAAAGGGUGAUUAAGGAUGUAACUUGAACAUGUCCAAAGUAGAGGGUUGGGUGAAAUUUCUGACUCUGGUUUCCAGGAACAUGUUUAUUUACACGGUGGGAAAGUGCUCUCAGGUGACUCAUUUACAAAUAAGAUGACACUAAAAGUAUGUUUACUUUUGGAGAUAUGACCCAAAAUGGGUCCCUUGUGAAAAAAAAAGGGCAUCUUUAGGGUCAAAUAUCUCCAAAACAAAAUUGGAUACAUGUCUUUCAAACAUUAAAUGGCUCUAGCAGUUAAACAAAAGCUCCAGUUCUCAGGAAUUCGAUAUCUCAUAAUUAUCGACGAACACACAGAAAGAGAAAAAUCCAAGAGGUGCUGUGGUGCAACCUCCUGGAGUUGGCAUGGAAUGGCCCAAAAAUAAUUAGUUCAUUCUUUUAUCCAAAGCAACUUACAGUUGAUUAGACUAAGCAGGGGACAAUCCCCCCUGGAGCAAUGUAGGGUUAAGGGCCUUGCUCAAGGGCCCAACAGUUGUGUGGAUCUUGUCGUGGCUACACCAGGGCUUGACUGAUCUUGCCUUGUGCAAUUGAGCCAACCAAGAGGGCCAGAAGGUGGGGUUUGCACUUUGAGAGUAUUUAAUAGGUUUAAAUACACCAGACUACGACUACUACCGGACUACGCUCAGUAAAGCGUAGAAAACUAUUUUGAUCCAAAGCAAUUAUGUAUUUGGCCCAAGUCUGUCUGUUGAUCAGUUUGCCCUAGUAAGAUACGAUAAGAUGGAGAAGGAAUCAGGAAGUGGGAGUUAUAAUAGUCAAUUUUGUAUCAAUUUAUAUGUAUAAUUCAAUGUCAGUAUAAAUCUGCUUUUAAAGAUAUGUUUAUUUAAGAUCAUAUAUAUUGUCUUGAAUCAUUCUAGCAUUUUCAAUUGUUUAAAUAUAUGUGGACACAAAAAAUAUUGUUAUGGUUUAUUGA